AGACGCAAUUUACCCCAUUGUGACCGGCAAUUGCGCACGUCGGUUCUCACGAAACACAAUGGCGUCCUCCUUUUGUUGGGGUUGCUUCUCGAAGCUCCGUCCCUCCCCCAAAUCCCUUCUUCCAGUGACCGCGAUACCCCGAGCUGCCGCGACAGCACCAUUUCAUUCCACCGCUUUCACAUAUGCCCUUCCGCCCAAAAAGUCCCGAAGUCAAGAUGCCGGCCCAAAAUUCCGUGAAGCGCGUUCUGCCCGAGUGAAAAAGAGGAGUACAGCUAUUAAACCAGCGCGAGAAUCGCCAGCGGAGCGGAAAGCUCAUACCCAUCGCCUGGUUCUUAGUAACGCGAAUGCGCUCGAAGUUACCGGGCUACAGGACCUCUCGGUGGAGAAUAUGGUUGAUGCAAAAUUACAAGGACAGGUUGUGGGCGUUCCCAUGUCCUUGAUAGAUAAUCUGAGAGCGUUGCAAGCGUUUAAGACAUCGCAAGGAUGGGGAAUGUUUCGACGGCCUGGCACGUUAAUGAGGAGGCAGACGCUGGAGUUGGCGAGCUUGAUGGCUGAAAUUCGGGAGAAAGAAAAGGGGAAAGCAGCAGCAAAGCUUGUUACCGGUGAUAGAUUUGCCGGAAAAAGCGUCCAUUUGUUGCAGGCAAUGACAAUGGGGUUGUUGGAUAAAUGGGUUGUCAUGAGCGUGCCUGAUGCACGCGACCUUGUCAAUGGAACUACGGCGUACGCACCGCUGCCAGGAUCAAAUCCGACCCAAUACGUGCAGAAGAAUGCGGCUGCUCAAUUGUUGGAGAGAAUAGCCCAGGCCAAUAAAGAUGUGCUCUCGAAGCUUUUUAUUUCCCGCCAACAUUCGCAGCUAGCAUCGGUCUUCCACCCUAACAUGUCUCUUCUCGAACUUGCUACCACUGGGUCUCAGCAAGCUGAGCUUGCUUGGCCUGCCUUCCAAGCACUCUGGUCCGAACUCACAGUAACAAAACCGGCCGAGGCUGCCGAAGGCUUCAAACCUUUCGCACUUCGUCCACCAGUCCUGAUUACGAUAGACGGCAUUUCGCACUGGAUGCAAGACACGAAAUAUUCCAACGCGGAAUAUGAACCCAUACAUGCUCACGAUCUCACCUUUGUCAAUCAUUUCCUUUCUCUUGCUUCAUCCCCUGCCAUUUCUAUGCCUAACGGCGGUCUUGUUCUCUAUGCCACAUCUACCUCAAACAACCCCGCCAUCCACACCUUCGACCUCGGUAUCAAACAACUGUCCGCCCGCUGUUCCGGGGUCAACCCUACGUCUUCCGGCUUCCCCCUCCCUGGACCGUACGAAAAAUUGGAUGCACGUGUGAGUUCAUUCUUUAACGAAGCGAAAGGACUGGGGCUUGUGAACUUAGGUGGACUAAGCAAAGACGAGACGAGGGGUCUGUUGGAGUACUACGCACUUUCUGGCAUCAUGCGCGAGCGGAUCACAGAGAGCUUGGUUGCUGAGAAAUGGGGUCUAUCCGGGGGUGGAGUGAUUGGGGAGCUGGAGAGAAUGGGGAAGAGAAUGAGGGUUAUGCCGGUAGCUUGAAUGAAUUUAUGAGACAGCCCUCGCACUUACGUUGGUAUUGUCUGGCAGAAGUGUGACUUCCUGAAGGCUUCACAGCAAUAGGUUAAUUGGGUGAAACCUUUCCUUUUGCAUUGGGUGUGUAUAUUUGUGACAUGUAACAACACAGCAUGUAUCUCUAGAUUAGAAUGUAUCAUUUUUUGUGUUCUAUUUUGGAUUUGGAAACAACCCACAAAACCCAAAGCACUUAUGAUUUAGAAUAAUAUCGCUAUCUAUAUAAACAAGAAGAAUAAUACAGCUGAAAAAUAAAAUAAAUAAAUAAAUAUAGAUGCUGCGCAGCCAAGUGUAAACAAGGUGCAAUGAAUAAGGGGUAUGCAAUAAACAAGGUGCCUCCAAAUCUUUAACAUGAAUGCUGCCAUGAAUAGACACAGGUAUUCAAAUUGGAAAGUACAAGAAGAGCAAGAUGAAAACAGUGAACUGGUUUACAUCAAACUUGUUCUUCCCCCGAUUUCCCUUGCCCCUUCGCCAGUUGGCAUCUCCCCAUUGCGUCCCUCAAUGAACUCACGAUAAAUGGCAUUUAAUCUUUUCCUCUCAACAUCACUAAUAGAGCACCGUGUAGUCUCCAAUGAGCGCUCGAUAUGCACCCACUCAAUAUGGAUUUCAUUGCUGCCAUCCUUGUCAUUAUCCGACACGGGGUCAGCGCCAUUAACCGUGUCCUCGGCUGACAUAUCGGAUGAGAGGCCGCGCUCUAUUUCCCGCUGUCGUCGUCUAAUAUUCUUUAACGCCUCUAAUUUUGCCGCGAUGACCGCAGGUGGGCUUAGGCAAGGUGCCGUUGCCGAAGCACGGCCCCGUCCGGCUGAGGUGGCGAGAGCGUGCUCAUCUGGAUCAUACAGGAAUUGAAUAAAAGUUUUGACUGCCUUUUGGUUGCCACCGGCUUCAUCCACACCGUUCGGCAUCGGCGUAGAUUUGGACUGCGGUUUGUCUGAGGAUCUGUCGCCCAAUGCGUCGUGAAUGGCUUCCAGGUGUGCAUUGUACACAACAGCUUGAAGAUCGGCGCCAGAAUAUCCUUCCGUCCGAUCGGCUAUGGUGCCAAUACGUUCCAUAACCUCGUCACUAAGCUUCAAUUUCUUCGCCAACGUCGUUAUAAUAUCCACUCUGUCAUCGUGAUUGGGCAUAUCGCAGAGAAGUGAUUUAUCAAGACGACCAGGACGGAGUAACGCCGGGUCAAUUAGAUCCGGGCGCGACGUCGCAGCAAGAACAUAGACUCCCGAUAAGCCUUCUGCACCAUCCAUCUGAGUAAGAAGCUGGUUGACAACCCGAUCGGUUACACCUGUGGAAUC